AUGGGUACAAAGCCAGAAGUCCCCCCAAAGGAGUACGAGGUUGAGAGAAUUCAAGAAUUUACCAAGGAUGACGACGGUGUGUCGUGGUACUUUGUGAAGUGGCUGGGCUACCCGUCGAGUGAGAACACAUGGGAACCACUGAGUAACUUGGGCAACUGCAGGAAAAUCAUCAGGAAGUUCCACAAGCAAGAGAAGCGGGAGAAGCUGAACCGGCAGGAGUUCAAACGUAAGCGAGAGCUCUCAGGUGAGGCCAUCCACUCUGUGCCCAACAAGAAGCCCAAGACCGUGGGCCUGGAGAGGGCCAUCUCGCCGGUGGACCUGUCCAACCAGCGCAGGAACGUGCAGCGUGCCCUGAGGAGGUGGCGGGCCCAGCUGAACAAGGUGUGCACGGACAACGCCGUCAUUCUCGUGGAGAACCGCGUGGACCUGGAGGGCCCGCCCAAAGACUUCACCUAUAUCAAUGACUAUAAGCCGGGGCCGGGCAUAGUCAUCCCCACUGACCCCUUGGUCGGUUGCGAUUGCGAGGACUGCAGCAGCGAGUCCAACUGCUGCGCGCAGAAGAGCGGGGCGCCCUUUGCCUACAGCAAGUUUGGUCGCAUCAAGGUGCCGCCCGGCAAGCCUGUCUACGAGUGCAACAUCAGGUGCAAAUGCGGUCCCAAGUGCCCGAACCGCGUCGUGCAGUACGGCAGGCAGGUUGAUGUCGCCAUCUUUAGGACAUCCAACGGGUGUGGUUGGGGAGUCAAGACGCUCAAAUCCAUCAAGAAAAAUGCAUUUGUCAUGGAGUAUGUCGGAGAGGUUAUAACCAAUGAAGAAGCUGAGAGACGAGGUCAGAUCUAUGACGCCAAUGGCCGGACCUACCUGUUUGACUUGGACUACAAUGAUGGAGAUUGCCCCUUCACCGUGGAUGCAGGUCGCUAUGGCAACGUCUCCCACUUUGUCAACCAUUCGUGUGAUCCCAACCUGGUUGUGUACGGAGUCUGGGUCAACACCCUGGACCCAAGACUACCCAGGAUAGCGCUGUUUGCCAGCAGGGACAUCAAGGAAGGAGAGGAGCUUAGCUUUGACUACCAGAUGACAGGUGAGCUCAACACUUCAGGGUCAGCCUCCAAGCUUCAACCCAUUCGAUGCAGAUGUGGUGCCAAAAAUUGCAGAGAUUUCCUAUUCUAACCCCCCCCCCAAGAGAGUAUUGAAUAAAAGAACUAGUGAAUCAUUUUCAGUUUAGGCAUGACAUGUUAUUCAAAACAACUGACCUCACUUGUUCUAUGAUAGCACAGGCUUGAUGUUCCAAGAGAGUUUUUAUGAAUGUAAAAAAGUUUGUAAUGUUUGCUGGAAGGGAUACUCGUAUUAUCCUGGAUUGAGUUGUUAAAGCAGUGCUCGUGGGUUUGAGUACACAGUAUUCAGAGGACUCAAGUCGGUCGCCCACAGUGACAAAGGGGAUUUCUAAAUGUAUUUGGGUCAGGUUGGGGAGAUCACAGCGGAACCGUUCGAGAGACUGAGGAUACAUGCGCGUACUGAGACAAGUGGGAAGAGGGAAAGAAAUGAAGAGAGUUGGUGUUGGCUUGGCCCGAUGGAGCCAAGGCUGUUCCGAUUUCACAAAAUCUGCUUCUGUAGCGGAAUACCUUGACUAAUUUCAAGGCUUUGCAGCAGUAGCUGGGGGACAGAUUGUGUAAACUGUUUUAAUGCUUUUAAAUAUUUUUUUUUUCUUCUUGUCGUUGUAGUGUACUGUGAAGGAUUAUCGGGUGGAAUGAAUCUUUUUCCUUUGGGCUCUUGAGCUGUGUGAGGGCAGGAAGAUGCAACUGUAUUUCUAACAGACUUUCAUAAUCUGCUUUCUUACCAUAAAUGAUAUCCUGUACUCUUUGAAUAUUGUUUGUUCUUCCAUUUGGAGCGCCGUGUUAUACUGAGGCUUGAUACUCUUGAUUCUGUUGAGAAUGAUCAGCACGUCAAGCUUCUGCGAAAACCACUGAUGUAGUCUGUCGUGUAAAUGGCAUCUUGCACCUCAUUUUUGUCUCAAGCCGACAAAAGUGGAACAUGUGUGUCAGAAAUUAAGGGCAUGCCCCGUGAAAGGUUUGGCUUGGCGACCCAAACCAGAAACAUGUUUCAGCUUUGGUCGUUAGAUGUUUUCAUGACUUCAGCUGGGCCUGUUUGACGUCAUAGUUCUAACCAAAUGAGAGCCGAAGGUUGGAGUUGUUUUAUUGCCAGUUCAGAAUGGCAGAAACAAGCAGACAAGUUUGGGUCAUCUUGGAUAAGUGAAUUUAACAUUCACAAAAUUUGUUGUUACUUGUAGUAGAUCAAAAGACGUACUUCUAUAUCGUGCAAAGAGAUAGCAGGACUGGUAAAAAACAUGCUGAAUAUGGAGUGAAAAUAACAUUAUCAACAAGGUCAUCUGCAACCCUGGACUUUGUCUCUGUCGGAAGGCGUAACCGUUUUUGCUUCUAUAUUUUUGUGGACCAAAAUGGACCUGGUUAUUUCUUUGACGUCACAAACAUGUUUCUGGUUGGGGGUUGCGAAAACACUCCCCUGUGAACAUGCAACCUCUGGUGUCUAAUAGAAAAGCUUACACAAGUCAAAGUUAAUGCUAUGGCAAUUUAAUUUCUUGCAGAAAUAGUCAAACUUAAAUCUUUUUAAACUUACUGGCAUGAUGCAAUGAAACAGUUGUUAACUUUGAUGAAGGAGAUGGGAUUCUUGUUUACCGCAUAAUAAACAGUACAUGGCACCCUUGGUUUCACCUGGGGUGCUGUGUCUUUCAGGGCGUAAAAAAUGCUACAUCCCGUGUUGUAGCUUCAAGUCAGCACUUGAAAACUAUAAGUCAAACGGGGUUAAAUACCCUCAGGAAAUAGCAAAGUGCUCCAACUUGGAACAGGAUGUAGCACUCGUGUACAAACUUAGUGACAUCAAAAAUAGACACAUUUUUUAUAAUCUCUCUCUGAUGCAGGAUGCAUGGUUUGAGUAGACUGCAUUCAAGAGUAUUUGUUCAGAAAUAUUUUUGUUUCUUCCUCUCAACAAAAGGCUUCGUGUCGGGAGACAGUGGUUCAGAAUAACAGGUCAGGGCUUCAUGUGAACAAAAUAUCCCGGUAGUUGUAGACAAUUUUUUUUUUUUCAUUUAAAUUUUCUGUUCUGUACCAUAAUGCAGCCCCUUAUAUACAUUUAUCUAUAAAACUUAACAUUUCAUGUUUUACAGGGAUAAUGAACAUUUAGGAUUUUUCUAACCGAAAGGACCUACGCGACAAAUUCCACAUGUAAAGAUUUCAGAAGUCAUAUUCUUAUUAAUAAAAGAAAAAUAAGAUUAAUAAAAGAAAAACAUACAUGGACACUCAUUUUGACUCAGGUUUUGCACUUUUUUCCAUCAUGAUAAAACUGUACCUGACUUUCGCGGGUGCUUUAUGGCAAUGUCAGUUUGGUGUUUUGAUGUACAUCUGGUUUUUUUGUUCACAGUGAAUCUAAUUUGACAUUGUUCAUGAACUAGCUAGUGAUAAAUGAGCAAAUAGAUGUGAUGCUAUGCAUCAACAGAAAGGAAAAAAUUGGAAUGGAAAGUAGGAAUUUAACCUCAUGAUAGGAAAAUGUGUUCUGCCUGCGACAUCACUUUGACUAUUCAGCUCACAUGUGGACAUUUGAAUUGGUGGUAAAAUAAAAUCACAUGACCCUUAGAAUUCUGGCACGAGACUGAAAGUGAGGUUGUGUGGGACGCAUUCAUUUUAACUUUUAACAGAGAUCUUGGUCUUGGUAUAAAACCUGUGGGCAUUUUUGAGCUGGACAUGUUGAGGUUGCGAUGAACGAGGUGAUGGCUUGUGCCGGCGUGUUUCUGUAUGGUGGUAGGAAUGGGCCUGUGCGCUGAUAUCGUCACUUUGUUCAUGCAUGAACUUCCCUAUGGAGCCAGUGGUGGGCCCAUCAUCCACUGAGCACCACAGGAAAUUACUCACAUAAACAGAGUACGCCAACACGAUCUAUUAGUGAUACAGUAUAUAACGGAGUUUUUGUCUGCCCGGAUGUAGUGCAGGUGAGUGUUUUAUACAGACACUACUUGGUGAUACUCUGCAAUUGUGUCCAGCCAUCAAAAUGUUCCAGCAGUAUUGAUAUACCUCACUGGCAUUCACAACCUCAUUUUCAUGGGUAUGAUCUUGCCAUGCCAAGUUGGUUCCAACACACCUUAUGCAAUCUUAAUCCCUGCUGUUGUGUAAUUUAAAUAUCCCACUAUUUGGGAGUUUUAAAUUAGGACUAUUUGAUGUGUUACGUGCAACGCAGAUUUCUGCGUGCGUGACGUGCACGUGGGUGCGAGUGUGUAGCUUCUGAGAUGUGCAAGCGAUUCACUUACAUUUAUGUAUAUUCAAACUGAAUAGCCAGUCGGAGCUCUUUUCUUGUGCUAAAAGACCAGGGGCUAGUGAAGGAGCGCGCACGUAGCCCAUUGUGGCAUUCAGUAUGCGUACAAUGGGAACAUCUAACUGUAUUCAUUAGGAACUGGGUAAUACUUUUGCAAGGUCCUACUUGACAUCCUUGGUGUCAUUUUUCAAUGGAGGUUAUGAGUUGUUGGCAUCUCCACGGUGUCUCAGAGGCCGUUUUAUUUUAAUCUAGUUACGGUGAAUGCACGGAAGAUUAACUCGAGCCUAUCACAGCCAUUCAAAGCUCUUGCCCUCUAAGGACACAUAAACGCAUAAAUUCAAUAGUAAACAAAGUUUAAAACCAGGUUGGUUUUUCUUUUUGCAUGUAGAUUUUGUCAGCUAUGGUAAACCAUAUUGGAUAUGCUUCCAUUCAUUCAGUGUUGUAAACAGUUGGUCUCUGCAUUUCUUCUCAGAAAGGUCAACAUCAGUAAAAUGUCAUUGCUUUGUAUUCUGUCAACAUUUGGUUUGGCCACAAAUGGUUUUAUAUCAUUUUUUGUCCAUCACUAUAGUUUUAAAGGAAACAUGAUUUGAAACUCGUUUUGUAAAUACUGUAAAUAUGUCAGAGAGAAGCAAACGAGUCUGGUGGAUGGUAUUAUGGAAAGAGUCGUGCUGUCAAAUGUAAACCGUUUUCAACAUUUUGAAUAAAGUUUUUCUUUUCCAAGUGAUUGAGAGCCCAUGGCAUGAUUUUGCUUAGGGGAACACAUUGUGUGUUUUAAACUUUCUAAUGUUGAAGUGUGUAUCAGUUUUGGAUUAAUUUUAUUGAAAAGUACAUUUUUUUAAAAGACGUUUAAACAUUUCCAAGCUUUUUUUCCUGACAAAUGGAAGCACUGUUUCUGUGAUGUUAUUUAAGGAAGACAUUCAUUAUAAAGCAGGUUUUCUGUUCAAAUUGUGACCCCAAAAUUUGCUCAGCAUCUGAGAAAACUGUCGAGACAACUAUGUUAACCGACCUUUUGUCAUGAACUGAAGCAUCACCUUCAAAAACACAAUUGACUGCCUAAUUGAAAGUAGGGCCCAACUCCCCCCCAAAAAACUUUCUUGAGUUAAAAAAAAAACCAAUAGUUUUUGAAGAGGUUGCAAAGGAAAUCAAUUAACUCUCCUUGGCCAAAAUAGUGGGCUUUUCCUCUAAAUGAGGUAUUCAAUUUAAAGACAUAAAAAAUCCAAUAUUAUGGCCAAUUCUGGUGCUAAUAAAACUGACAAGUCUUCCAAUGUUGACAUCACACUUUUGCUCAUGAAUAUGCAAGUCAUAUGCAUAAGAAAUAGGACACCAAACUCCCUUACACAUAGCAAAUUGAAAAAUGGAGUAAAAGGAUACCAAGAAUGUGCAUUUACAGGGACUUCCGUGAAAAAUUGAAAUAAACAGCCUGUUGAUGCACAAAAGCAAA